AUGGCAGAUCAAUCGGAACUUGAAGCCUAUAGGAUGGCAGUGAACCUGCUUAUCUUGGGCUUACUGACUACUCUCAUGGUCGUCUUGGCUGAGGUACGUUUCCACGAUUUCAACUUUGAGAUGGUUGUAGGUUACGAAAUCAUUUAUCCCCUUCUUCACGAAGCUUCUCUUCGUGAUAUCUGGGUUUGUUGUGGGAGGUGGCUUAGUUCUUUAUGGAAUAAUUAUGGUAUCGAAUACGGUGUCAAAGCACAGGAGGAGUACAAAGAUCGAUUAAACGGGACGUUAAGGUGCAUAUAA